AUGGAGUCAGACGAGUUAGUAACGAAAAAAGAGGGUUCCAAAGAUAAGGAAGCGCCACAGAAGGCAUCUUAUGCUUACAAACUGUUUCAGACAGCAAACCUGGGAAUCGGACAAUUCAUCACGGGCAUCGCGGUUGGACUGGGCGGGACAACUUAUUUGGACUUACUGCAAAUAACAGGUUCGGAUGUACAGAAUGGGUCCUUGAUAUUCACGGCUGCUGGUGUCGGUGGGAUCGUCGGAUCAGUUGCUUCCGGUCCACUCUUCAAAAAGUUCCCUCUUGAAGCAAUGUUUGCGGUUUCCUUACUCUUUACAGGGCUCCUCACCGCUGUCACUCCCUGGAUGCCAGAUUUAGUCUACUUGAUCACAGUCACUUUAGCAGGAUGGAUAGGAAUUGCCUUAAUAGAGGCGGCUUUACCUCUGCUGGUCACUGGAUUGUGGAAAAGCAAAGAUGCCUCCUUCACCCAUGCUUUGUAUCUGUGCUAUGCUGUAGGUGGAAUAGUUGGUCCAGUUCUAGCAGAACCUUUCUUGUCUACAACGACCACGCUGUCAGGGUCAUCACUCAACACAUCUAACUCUAUUGGUAACUCCACCAUAGCACUAUCAGAAACUCGAAUACAAGUACCGUUCUUCAUUGUCGGGCUGACUUAUGAGAUUAUUGCCGUUGUUUGGUUCGGGAUUUACGUGAAAAAUCGAAACACACCCAAGACUUAUGACGAGGACGAAUACGAAUCAAUGGACAAGAGCGACAACGUUUCGCAAAAGCAGCAGCUUGUCGUGCUUUUCCUUAUCGGGCUAUUCUUCACGUUGUAUGAUGGUAUCGAAAACUGCUUCCACGACUUCUUGAUGACUUUCUUAGUGAAGGCGUUUGGGUGGACAAAAUCUAAUGGAGCAUGGGCGCUAACUGUGUUUUGGUGUGGUUAUACAGGUUGUAAAGUCUGCGGUGUCGGCCUGGCAAAAGUUAUCUCCCCAGGUACAUUGAUGUUGAUAUGCUUAGCCGGAAUGAACAUAUGCCUGUCGUUAUGGAUCGCAUUCUGCAAUGUGUACAGCGCUAUCUCAUGGCCCAUGAUUGCUCUGAUAGGUUCGUUUAUGUCAGUGGUUUUCCCUGCGGGAAUUUCCUUUACUAAUUCUUAUCAGUCUGGAAUAUCCAGCAAAAUGAUGGCAUGGAUUAUGACUUGUGCUGAUAUUGGUAAUACUCUGAAUCCCAUAUUGGUGGGCUAUUUAAUGCAGAACGCUUCUCCCAUGACUUUCCUUUAUGUUUUGAUUGCUGAAACGGCUGCAUGUCUCUGUGUAAUGUUGGUGGUAGCUGGUAUUGUCUUCAUGCCAAAAGUUCGUUCAUACACUCAGGAAAAGAUGUAA